AUGGAAGACGAAUACACUAUCCUUGAGGAGAUUCCAGUAACACCGCUCGUUUUCCCCAACAACACGAGUGAUCAGGGAAAACUCCCGUUUGAACUGGACAUUAGCGAAGUCAUUCGCAACAACUUCGUGUUCAAGGUUCACUCCCUGGUUUAUACGUGCAGAACCUGCGACAGAAAGUUCAACAAUACCGGUAACUUCGAAAAGCACCUGCAAAGCCACAAAACCCAAGAAAAGACGCACGUUUGCGAUAUCUGCAACAAAGAGUUCAAAUCGGUCGCCAAGUUAGAGAAACACAAGGAAUCAGAUCAUGUGGUGCCCUGCAAAGACUGCCGGCAAUCAUUCCGGAACGCUGCCCAGCUUGCGAACCACCGGAGAACGAGCCACAAAGAGGAUCGCCCGUUUCAGUGUGAUCAGUGCGGGAAAGCUGCUGCUCAUCGUUGUGAGUUCUGCUCAAAGGCGUACAAGAGGAAAGACGAUCUUCUCAAGCACUAUGAAACGCAUUGA